AUGAAGAUGUCACAACCAAUAUUAGAUUUUGAUGCAAAGUAUUUUGCUUUUACAAAGCUUGAUAAAUCAAAGAUUGGAUUUGAUUUACAUCUUGCCCAAGCCAUCGUUGGUGCUGCUCUAAGUCAAAUUUCAAAUGUGAACUCACCACCAUCUGCCAAUCCAGUGCCAGUUGAAAACUACAUCAAGGAUCUAGAAUGCUUUGUGUUGAGUCAAGGCAGUAUCAGAUUGAGAAUCAAGGCAAAUUCAUCUUUUAGAAUCUAUCUCAACUCUGAAAAGAUUGAUACCAAAGGCCAAAAGAAUAUCUAUGUAUUGGAAGUCUCUGAGAGCCAAGUAUUGUUCCGUUCCCGUAAUGACAACAACCCAGAAACCAUUUUGGCCAAAACAACCAAUCCCAAGGCAUUGUUGGAGAAGGGAAAUGAAAUCAAUUAUUGGAUUUCAAUCGAUCGUAACAAUCGAUCCCUAAAAUUUGGAAAAGGAGAAGCAAUUGAGAAUCUGACACUUUUAAAGUACAAAUCACCUGAAAAUGUAAAAUUUUUAGAUGAUUUAAAAUAUGUUGGUACAUCUCUUGAUGUUUUAUCUAUUUUAAAGGCCAAGUAUUACAUUGAUCCAGUUGUAGUACCAACCCCACCUUUUGUUGUUCACCAGGAAAAGAUUACACUCGAACAAAUUGAAGAGGGAUUUAUCACUACCAUUGGUAACCUUCCAAAAGAAUGCCAAGCACUCUAUAGUGUUGUAGCUGGUCCAUCAAUCGUUUUGGAAAAGGAUGUUCAAGAUGCUAUUAGAGCGAGUCUCAAACCAGGUAAGGCACUCUACAACAAGCUGCUCGAAAAGAAAGAGGUUCAUCAUUCCAAGCUAGAUGAGACCUAUCUUCGAGUCACUUUGGGAGAGAACUAUGGUUACUCUCCUGGUAAACCAUUUGUUUUGGAGUUAUGGCCAGCUGGACAUAGAUCGCCAAUCCACAAGCAUGCCGAUGCAUUUGCCGUGAUCAAGGUGCUCCACAAUUCCAUACACUGCAAGUAUUUUAGUGACCUCAACCCUAGCAUAAAAUUACCCUUUUUGGAAGCUAAUUUCAACCAAGAUCAAGUCACAUACCUAGCACCUAAUAUCUUCCAAACACAUCAACUCAUAAACAUUACCAACGACUUUACAGCCACCAUCCAAUGUUAUCGUUAUGCUUCCGAUGAUGUCCAACACUACGAGUACUUUGACUACUUGGAUGAUGCUACUCAAAAGCUCGAUAGAUUUACACCCAAUACAGACUAUACUUACAAAGGUCUCUUGGAGGUACUAAGAAGUGAGGGAAGUCUAAAACCAAAAACAAAACCACAAUCUCAAGCUUGA